AGUCUUAAGUAGUGAAGAAACGAGAGAUUGAUCUUCUGAUCCUUACACUUCUAAUAUCGCUGGACAUACAUGUCACCAACUUCAAAUAUCACAUGCAUGUCAAAACUUCAAAUAUAACUGGACAUACAUGUCACAAACUUCAAAUAUCACAUACAUGCCAGGUGUUUAAGUGCUGUGUAAGGCAUGUAAGCCAAUAUCUUUCUUUUCUAUUACUCUAGAUGCCAGUCUAAAGAUAAAACCUACUCUGCAGAGCCGUGACUGGUGACAGAGCUUAACUUUUUAUGCUCAGUUUCAAACUAUUGUUCACUCGAUUAAAAUGUCUACCCUUCCACUUUGGAUUCAUUCUUGAUUUAAUGUGGCUUUGUCUAUUAAGAUUUUAUUUCUAAGAUACCAUUUUUUGAAGGACACAUGGCAAAGGGGAAAGGGAAAGCCAUUAAAACACCACACGGUGCUUUAAAGCGCUCAGGAAAGCCGUUAGAUGAUUAUGAACCAGAACCUCUGUUUUACGAUAAAGAAGAAAAGAUGUUGGCUUCAUUGGUGUUUUUGGGGUCAGCAUCCCUCUACAUCUUCACUAUGUAUCCAGGCUUACAAGGAGGUGACUCAGGGGAGCUGAUGUCCACUGCUAAAGACUUUGGAGUUUCCCAUCCACCUGGUUACCCUUUGUUUACCACUAUGGCUGCUAUCAUGAUCAAUCUCUUUCCCAUUGGUAGCUGUGCUUGGAAGCUCAAUCUAAUGUCGUCUACAAUUGCUGGAAUAACAAAUAUGAUGAUGUUCAUCAACGUUAAGAGGUUUAGUGGUUCAGAUGCUGCUGGGGUGCUAGCUGCAGGCUGGUGUGGUUUUAGCAGAGUUUUCUGGAUGUGGAGCAUUCAGGGAGAAGUUUUCAGUUUGAGCAACUUAUUUAUCAUGGUCAUAAUGUACGCUGCUUGGAGGUUUACAAAUGCCGAGGGAAGAAAUGGAAAAUAUUACGAAGCAAAACUUGGUGCUUUUCUAUGUGGUUUAUCGCUAACUAACCAACAUACAUCAGUAUUAUAUAUUUUUCCUACUGCAUUAUGGGUCUUGUAUACAAUGUUUAAAUACGACCUAGCAAAAACACAUACACUCUUCCGAGUGGGACUCCGAGGACUAGCUGGACUCUCGCCCUACCUCCAACUUCCCAUAUCUUCCAUCUUCUUUAAUGCUAGAGUCACAUGGGGCGACCACCGCUCGUUCUCUGACUUCAAGAAACAUAUCCUGAGAGAAGAUUUCGGAACAUUCCGAUUGGUUAGCAGCACUGAGCAGUCCACACUGAUUGAUAACUUAAUGGUUUACUUCAAUGACUCCAGGAAUGAGCUCACUAUAGCUGCAUGGAUAUUGUUUGUAGUUGGAAUGACAAUAGCUCUGAUUUGGGGUUCAAGUAAACAAAAGGAGACGAUGUUAGUUUACAUGGCUAUGUUCGGCACAUACCAUAUUGUUUUCGAUUCACUCGCCAAUAUCAAGAACCCAUCAGGAAUAUCCCACGGUGUAUUGGAGAGGUUCUGGUUGCAGCCCAGUCUGGCACUGUGUUGUAUUGCUGGAUGUGGGGUUGGGAUGGUUAUUGAGUUCCUAAAGAGUAAAGCUCAGUGUCCUGCCCUGAAGUAUCUGUUCCUAUCCCUGGCUGUGCUUGCUAUUGGUUACCAGGUGCAACACAAUUAUGAGGAUUGCAACGAAAAUGACAAUCACUAUUUCUGGCACUAUUCUCGUCACAUCCUGGACGAGUUGCCAAAACAAAGCAUUCUCCUGACCUCUGGGGACUUCAGUACCAACACAUUCAGAUACCACACUAUUGGUGAAGAGUACCGGACAGAUGUGAUGGUAAUGGACAUGCAGUUCAUGCAAACCGACUGGUUUUACAAAAUGCUCAUGCCAGUAACCUUCCCUGAUGUUUCAUUCCCUGGUCUUUACUUGAAGCCCGGAUUAGACUCCACAUAUCCUUUCUAUAACCUCAAAACGUUCCUGGACGAAAACCUAACCAAGUAUCCUGUCUACAUGUGUGUAGCAGUACCAGAGGCAGAGAACAGUAUUGCGGGUCACUACGAGGGAUGGCCCUUUGGUAUGUGUCAGAAGUUCAUCAGAGUAUCAGACAACGUGGACCCUCUGGAGUAUGUCACUACUAUUCCUGUGAUAAAUCUGGAACAGUAUCCUCUGCCUGAUCUGGACAGAUACGAGUCUGAAACUUGGGAGUACCUUAUGGCUAGGGUUAUGUUGGAGACUUACACUAAACCUUCUGUCUGGCUCUGGAAAAAAGCCAACUCUAUAAAUGGAGAUGAUGGUUAAGAACAGGAAACACGUGUUUGACAUGAUGGAAAAGGGACUUGUCUCUCAGAACAUUAUAUACUAUAUCUCACCCAUGGAGAAGAAUUUAGGUCACCUAGCUCUGAUCCUGUACAGGUUAACGAAUGGUGCUGACAAAGAAAAGGGCACAUACUGGCAAGAAGAAUGCAAGAAGUACUGGAGUAACUACGUGAAAUGGCACAGGGACUCUGUAAACGGUAAAGACAGCAUGUGGGGCACAAUCACCUCCGUUAUUGACAUGAAAGACUUCUCUUCUCUCUAGCUGAUCAAGUAACUGUACAUGGGUGGAUGAUAUUGUUAAGUUAUUUUAGUUAGUAUUAUGUUAUCUAGGAAUAUCAAGCCUUUCCUUUAUUUCUACUAUAGUUGUUUUGAUGCGCAUGAAUUAUUUCCCCUACAAUAAUGUUGAUAUAAUAUGACUAAUAAUGACUUAUAACCUGGCGAAUGUAAUUUGUAACGUUUCCAUCUUCAUGC